AUGAUUCUUCCGGAUUCGCAGUAUGCGUUGGUCGUGCAGGGGCCCGGUUCAUUGCAAUUGCUCAGCCACGCCCCUGUUCCCUCGCUUGGAGCAGAUCAGGUCCUGAUCGAGGUGAAGGGGGUGGCACUAAACCCCUCAGACUGGAAGAUGCUUGAUACUGCAGCAGCAAACCCGGGCACCAUCAGUGGAGGGGACUUUGCUGGGGUUGUCGUUGCGUGUGGGAGGGAGGUGACCGAGGCGGCGAUUGGGGAUCGUCUGUGUGGAUUCGUUUUUGGAGCAGCUUCAUCCGGCGCAUUUGCCCAGUUCGUCAUGGUCCAUCCCAGUCUCUGUUUUCGAAUCCCACCCUCCAUGUCGUUUGAGGCCGCCGCCUCCCUUGGACUAGGGCUAAUGACGGGAGGAUUGAUGCUGCAGUCUCUCCACCUCAAUCCGCUACGAGCUGCAGAGUCCACGCCUGAUCAUUGGGUGUUGGUCUAUGGCGGCUCAACGGCAACAGGAACCCUCGCCAUCCAGCUCCUACGCUAUCAUGGCUAUCGCGUCAUCACCACUUGUUCUCCUCGGAAUUUUGAACUAGUGCGACGGGUGGGGGCAGUAGCUACGUUUGACUAUACCUCCCCCACCUGCAAGGAGGACAUUCGGGCUUACACCGGCGGCACUCUCAUGCAUGUGAUGGAUUGUAUUGCGGAUUCACGCGCUACUACAAUUUGUUACGGGGCCAUCGGCGAAGCAGGCGGGCGGUACUGUGCCUUGAAUCAAUUUCCCGCGCAAUUGCACCGCCGUCGUGCCUCUGUCUCUCCGGAGUGGAUCCAUAGUGCGACCAUCUUCGGAGGCGAUGUUCAGCUGGCAGGCUCCUACUACCGGACAGCACGACCGGAGGAUCGUGAAUUUGCCAUAGAAUGGGCGCGAUAUUGUACCGAGCUUCUAGCCCAGGGAAAACUACAACCGCAUCCACUUCAGGUGCAGCAGGGAGGUCUUGCGCGUGUGGUCGAGGACUUGGUCCUUCUACGCAAUCAGCAAAUCACGGGCAAGAAGCUGGUAUAUCCACUGUACUAA